GACUUUACCCAGAAAGCCACGGCAUCGUUGGCAACCACAUCUUCGACGACGAGAGAAACGCAACCUUCUCCCUGAGCGACCUGGAGUCAACUAAAGACCCGCUGUGGUGGCAAGACGCGGAGCCCCUCUGGAUCACGGCGACCAAAGCCAAGAUGGACACCGCGCUCUUCCUCUGGUCGAGCUGUGAUGUUCCUUGGGAGGGGAACGUGUCGCCAAAGUACUGCACUCCGUAUGAAACCGUUCCAGAUGCGCUUCAGGUUUUGCUGAACAACCUCAACCAGGGCGUCGACAGGAUCCACCAGGAGGGAUACAAGCUUAUUAUGGUCUACGUGGAACUAAUCGACAUGGCUGGGCAUCGCUACGGCCCGGAGUCCAGCGAGGUCGAAGAAGCAGUCAAGGCUGUCGACUCCGCCCUAGAUAGCCUGUGGGAGGACUUGGCUGUCAGAGACAUGCUUAAUACGACGAACGUGGUGGUAGUGAGUGACCACGGCAUGACGAAGGCCUCCCAAGAUGACCUGACCUGGCUGGACAUCGCGCCAUGUCUCAACGGUUCGAAAAUCGUGAAGACCGUGGGCCAUGUGGGUUAUAUCAACAUUCUUCCUGUGAAGGGAUACACGGAUCAGGUGGAGGAGGCGCUGCAGAACUGCCCGGGCGUGUCUGAGAACGUCGAGGUGGUCAGGAAGGAGAACAUGCAGGAGCGCUACCACUACAAGGACCACAGACUCAUCCACGACCUCACCGUUAUGCCUAAGCCAGGUUACUCCCUCAAGAGCCCCGGAACCUACUACUCUCUGCCGGAGCAAGAAUCCGACAACAUAGGACGCCACGGCUUCGACAACACCGCCGACCAGCUGCCAGACAUGAGGGGCAUCCUCUUCGCCGUCGGGCCGUCCUUCACCUCGGGACACCAAUCACAGCCGGUGAGCCAGGUGGACGUGUACCCUCUGCUGUGCACGCCCUCCAGCUGCAGUGCCACCCUAACAACGGCUCCUUGGACCACGUGGCUGAAUUCUUCGCCUCAACACCUCACCUCAAGCGCCUCCUCCGUCGUGUCUUGUCUCCUUCUUAGGGUGUUCCUCAUAAGCGUGGGUCUCGGAUGUGGGUCGGCGGUGGGAUAUUGGGAUAAGGUAGGAUAUAGGGAUAAAGGUUGA